UUAUUUACUUGAUAAGAUUUUAACUUAAGAUUGUACAUAAAUAAAUGUAAUGAAAUUUAGAUAAAAUGGCUGAUUUUGUCAAAGGUCUACUUUUAUCGAUUUUAUCCCAAAAAUGCUACGACGAGUAUUUCCUUAAUUACAACUUUCUUGAUGUACCAUGUUUUAAAAGCACUUUGAGCAAAGGUCUUGGGAUUGGUAUUAUUGCUGGAUCUAUAUUGGUAAAAGUACCUCAAAUCUUGAAAAUAUUGGGCAGUAAAAGUGCUGAGGGCAUUAAUAUUUAUGGAGUUUAUUUAGAACUCUUUGCUAUUACUGCAAAUUUUUCUUACAGUUAUGUUAUGAAUUUUCCAUUCAGUGCAUGGGGUGAAGGAACAUUCCUUGCGAUACAAACAGCAAUCAUAGCUGCCCUCGUAUUACAUUAUGGAGGGAACUCAUUGAAGGCUGCAACAUUUUUAGCUGUUUAUGUUGGACUUGUUUCAACACUUGUCAGCGGCUACACCCCAAAAGAUGUGUUAUGGUCCAUGCAAGCCAUAAAUGUACCAAUCAUUGUCAUUGCAAAGGCAAUUCAGAUAAUAACAAAUUACAAGAAUGGCAGUACAGGGCAAUUAUCCGCAGUAACUUGUGCCCUGCUGUUUGGUGGAAGCAUUGCUAGAAUAUUUACUUCAAUACAAGAGACUGGUGACUCCAUCAUCAUCCUCACAUACUGUGUAUCAACUGCUACCAAUGCUGCAUUGGUUCUGCAGCUCUUCUGGUAUUGGAAUGUUAAGCCUACAAGUACUAAAAACAAGAAAAAGAAAAAGCGCACAUAAAAUAACUACAUAAAAUUAGAUUUUUUAUUAGUAUGUUGAAUGAUUCUUUAGAUAUUUUUAUUUAUUAUUUUUAUACCUACUUAUGUAGGGACUGGCAAUGUUCUGUAAAAUGGGGUAAAUAGAAAUGAAACUUCAAACUACUACAAAGGCUUUAACUUUAAAUUUGCUUAUCUGAGUAGUACAGUAAUUGUAGUAAAUAGUUAACUAACAAAAAUCAUUAAAUAUCAUGUUGUAAGGCUAUUUUUUAGUUUUCUGUCUAUUCACCCUAUUUUUCGGUAAUAAACAAUGUUAUGUUGGUUCUAUGAGGUUUUGGGUGUCAUAAAAGGUGAUUUUUAUUGUAAAACAAUUACUAGUGCCUUAACAUGUCAAUUGACUGUUGGCAUUAAUAAUAUACCAAUUAGAAUAAGUACAGACUGAAGGCAAUAAAUUGUUGUAACAGUUCACUUGGCACUUUUUUCAAUAAAUUUUUUUCAUAGAAUAAUUUUCUUUUAUUACUUUUUGAUUCAGCAAUUUUGUACUUAGGACCAAAGAUUCAGGAUGAGGGAAACAGGAUUAAGUUCGGUGGGCAAAUAUUCAUACUUGUGACAAUCAAUAUUGUGUCGUUAUCGUCUUGUGCAGCGACCCGGGCGUA